AUGGAAGAACGUGUUUUUCAGAGUUCGUUUUCAAUUCGCAGUGUCCUUGGAGAAGAUCCUUCAGUGAAAAAACAAUCAGCAAUCGAGGACGACGACGACGGCGGCGGUGAGGAAGAAGUUGAUAUCGAAAGUUCGGAAGACGAAGAAUCGAAAUCAGCAAAACAAUCGACAUCAUCCAUUUCAAGUGAAUCGGGUUCUGAUGGUCCCAACGUUCAAAAAGCUCUCGCUGCAACUCCGAUUCUGAAAAACAAGUACGGUAUUAAACCAGCUUAUUCAUACAAUGCCCUCAUCAUGAUGGCUAUUCGCUCGUCUCCACACGACCGUUUGACCUUGAACGGUAUCUACGAAUAUAUCAUGAAAACGUUUCCAUAUUACCGUGAAAAUAAACAAGGAUGGCAAAAUUCAAUUCGACAUAAUCUCUCAUUGAAUAAAUGCUUUGUUAAAGUUCCACGACACUUCGAUGACCCCGGUAAAGGAAACUAUUGGAUGCUCGAUCCGUCUGCUGAUGAUGUGUUCAUCGGUGCUACUACUGGCAAACUUCGACGACGAACAUCCACAUCACGAAAUCAUCGUUUAGUUACAUUCAAACGUUCGAAUCUAAAUCCUUAUUCAUCGGCGUUCUAUACUUCUGCCGCUGUCGCCGCUUUACAUCAACAACAACUAUUGCAAGCAAUUGCUGCUAGUGAAGUUAUCCGACAUCAACAAACAUUUCUACCAAGCUCGAUUUCACCGAAUCAAAUGAGGUCAGUGGUGUAA